UUAUUAAAGUUCACCUUAACUCUACUGGUUUUUUUCUCUCUCUAGAAAAAACAGACCCAUCAAUGGAAACAUUAGCAAAACCUCAAGAAUUUAGAAACCCAUGUCUUAUUUCAUCCCCAGAUAGCCAUAGCUCCAACAGUUCAAGCUGUAGCAAUAGCGGCAACUCCAAUGGUCUUCACCACCGCUACCCUACACCGCCCACCACCCCAACACCUGCUACUCCGCCAGCACUACCACCACAACUACCCAUCACCAGAUCCGAACCCAACAACCCGUACCCGACUACCUUCGUCCAAGCUGACGCUUCCUCUUUCAAACAGGUAGUUCAAAUGCUUACUGGGUCCUCUGAAACCGCCAAGGUUGCAGCUAAUCCGGGUCGUGCUGAGCCCGUUAGACAUCCGAUCCCGCCCAUUAAAACUGGGCCCAGAAAGGAGAAAUCCAGCUCGAAGUUGUAUGAGAGAAGGAACAGCAUGAAGAACUUCAAAAUCAGCCCAUUGGGCCCUGGGGUUGUGAAUAAAUCCGUUUUCUCUGCUGGGUUUUCGGGUUCCCCGAGAACUGCGACUCCGGAGAUUUUGUCGCCGAGCAUUCUUGAUUUUCCUUCGCUGGUGCUUAGCCCGGUUACUCCUCUCAUACACGACCCGUUUAACCGGUCACCGCACAGUGGUGGUGUAAGUAUGAGUAGUGAGAAUUUGGAUUUGGAGGCAGAAGAGAAAGCAAUUGCAAAAAAAGGAUUCUUUUUGCAUCCAUCGCCGGCGACUACUCCGAGGGAAUCGGAGCCCCGACUUUUGCCUUUGUUUCCGGUGACUUCCCCUAGAGUCUCAGGUUCCUCCAGUUCUGAUUCUUAAAUGUGCUUUCUUUUUUGUUUUUUCCCCCUCUUUUAAUUUUUGAGCUUCAUCUUAUGUAUGAUUUUCAUAUAAAACCAACAUAGAAUAUGAUCUGGAAUCAAGGUGGAAGCCAGAUGUUGUCAUAUAUUUGUAUUGGACAAUUUGGAGAAAUGAGGAAAAAAAUAUAUGAAACGGGCAGCAACCUUUUGCUUCUACACUGUAUAAAUGUGAUCCUUUUUUUUUUGA